AUAGACAUGAGUGCCACCUGUUUGAAAUGCAAUCGCAGUAGUAGCGUAUGCAAAAGUGUCACAAAACAAAGCGCAAAACAUAAAGAAAUCAAGAAUAAGUGUGUAAACGCUGCAGACAAUCAUGUAUAUAUUACAAAACUAUACGGUUUCUGAUAGCUUGAAAAAUAUUUGAAAAUAUAGAAAAUUAAAUUGAAAAGUUGAGUGUAUGUACAGAGUGUGAUUAGCACAUUUCAGCCAUGGUAUAAAGUGCGACGAAACACAAAAAACAUAAAGAGACAAAAAAAAAAAAUUACGAAACUUAAAAGGUGCUAGACAUAGUUUUUGAGAAAAAAAUAUAAUUGUAAAAAGCAGUAAAACACAAAUAAGGCGCAAUACCAAAGCAAUAUACCAUAUAUAGUAAACAUAGAACAAAUAAUGAAAAAACAUGCAUAUAAGUAGUUACACAAUAUGAAAUAGAGAGCGAGAGUGGGAGAGAGCAGCAGGUUGCAACCAUAAACUGAAAUGCGCUCAAUCAAUCCUUAAUCAAAAGUUGAAUUAUUGACACGCGUGGAAGCACUAAAUGUGCACAGCAAAGAGUUACGCAUACUCUUCAUAGGAUUUGUGUGCUUUAGAGUACUUGGCGAUUGAGCCUCAAAUAUUCUUACAGCCAAUCAAGUGUAACUUUUGCCUCAGGGCUGUGAUGCUAUAGAGUUCGAAAUUGUAAUUGUGGAACCUACAUAUCUUAAGGAUGAAAUAGCUUACUAUUUGAAGAAUGGCGAAACGAUCGGUGAACUGAUAUAAAUAAAUAAACCACUUCAAUGAGACAAAAGAGCAAAGCUCAAACGUAGUCAGCAAAGAAAUGACGAAUAGAAGACGGCAAAGAUAAUCUCAUAAUGCUACAGCUUAUAGAAAUAUUAAAAGAAGAAUAAAAGUUUCUUAUUUUUCAAUAUAAGUCUUCAGACCAACUCAACCUUUUAGGUUACUACGAAUUACGUCCUAAGUUCAAGUAAACUGUAAAUUACUUUCCAACACUAAAACGACUUACUUGCACCUGUUUCAUAUUGAAAAUCUUUUAACAAAAGUUUUUCAAAUCAUAAGUAACGUCAAGAUGUUUUCAAAACAAUUUGCAAGAAAUGUCGUAUUACUUUCAAACAACAAUAAUUUAUUGCAUAUUUAUAUUUUUGAUGUGCUUGCAUGGAGGAAGGUCACAGUACAAUAUACAUCGAAGAGAUCUGGAGCCCAAGGUGGAAGUCAGCGAUCCCACAAAAGGUUUAACCGAUGCUGAAAUCGAUAUGGCGCUGGACGAUCUCUCCUUAUCGGAUUUGAAUGUGCUAAACAAACUUAUUGACAGGCCGAAUGCGCCGGAUUACGACUACGUCGAUUACGACAGUCACAACUAUGCUUUGGGUCCACCGCGCGACCACACCUUUGACGGAAACCCUAUGGAUGACGAUGCGAAUAUAAAUUACUAUGAUGACAUAGAUGAGCCGCCAAGAGAUGCGCGCAAUUCUAUGCAUUUCAAAAUACCGCGCAAGAACCUAAUGCCCUUCAUGGAACAAACGGAGAAUCAACGAACGAAACGCGACAACGGGCACGAAAUAAAGCAGGCCGCCGUGGACGCUGAGUAUAUACGGCAACUUGAGAACUCCUUUCCACGCGACCAAGAGCAAAAUAAUAAUGAGGAGAGCGAUGACAAGAAGGAGCACAUACGCGUGAAACGCAAUUAAAUGUAGAGCAUGAACUGUUCGACUAUACCACGAAUGCGUCAAUAUAUUACUCUCUAACUUAUAACUUUAUAUUUUAUGAUUUCAAUAAAAUUAUAUAUUUAUCACUAAGUGCAA